CUGAGCUGCCGGACGAGGCGAGGAAACUUUGCUGUGAGCGAUGCUUCUUUUAGACAAUUGACUUUUAAUUAGGAUUAAAUGAACCAUCUCCCAGUACGAUGGAGGGAAGUUAUCCGUCACAGGAACAACAUGACGCCGUCACCUGGUUCAAAAAGUCCCAGCUCCAGUCUGUGAUCAGCAACGGUUUAGUUCCAGAGUGGUUUCAUGGCAUCAUUUCCAGGAAGACGGCGGAGGAACUGCUCAUGUCCAAGCCUCCGGGCUACUUCCUCAUCAGAGUCAGUGAGAGCAGGAUCGGCUACACUCUCUCAUAUCGUGCCGAUGACCGCUGCAGACAUUUCAUGAUUGAUGCGCUGGAGGACGGUCACUACAUCAUCCUGGGGGAGGACAGGCGUCACCGGCGUCUGCAGGACCUGGUGGACUUUCAUCGCAGGACUCCCAUCAUGCCUUUCUGCCAGGUGCUGACUGUCGCGUGUGGACAGUCCUCAGAAAACAUCGACUAUGCAGAACUACUGUUUCCCCAAAGACUUCCCACCCCCAACACCAGGUUGCUACCAAACAACUCCCCCAGCACGACUCCUCCAGUGUCCCAGGAAGAUAUCCCACCUGCCAUUCCUUACCGACCGGAAAACCUGAACAACCCCACAGUCCUGCUGUCAAACAGCCAACCAAACCGGCUCUACCCUUGUUUGGAAGAUGGAUCUCGACACGUCAACACCCCACUUCCAGCCACGCCUGUGCCAAAGACCAGAAAGAGAUACGACUCCAACCAAACUCCUGAAGUCCCUUCUCGAAAUUUUGUUCCUGUGAAGCAGAAUCAGGCUUGUAUCAGAACAGUUUCUGCACUUGAGAGUCCGUCCACGUCCACAGCCCCUCAACAACCAGCAAAGAACCAGGAAGGAAAGCCAUCAGUCAUCACCAACCUGAAGAACUUCAAGAGGAAAUUCCAAAAGAACAGAAGCACUUCGCAGGAUAAUACAUACACAGAGAUCAACGCUGAGGUGGCUGAUAGGAGUGGAAAUACUGAGUCAGAGUACGAGGAGAUCACAGGAAACCCCAACCUUACGGGUUCACCAUUUUCCUAUACUGAUGUGAAACUGACUGAUCAAAUUUUACCUCAAGAGUACAUGAAACCUCCACCUUUUGCACCAGGCUUCUGAUACACAGGCAUAUAUGAAAGCCAUGUACAUAUUGAUAAAUCCCUGGAUGCUACGUUGCUGAAUCAAACCAAAGAUGGAGGAUAGAGUGGACAUCUAAUUCCAGCUUGGUGGUGCAGCCUGCAGAGGAAAAGGAGAAUAAAGCACUUUUUCAACCUUCAAGAUCGACAUUCGUCAGAAAUUUUACUUUAAAAAAGGCCUUAAAAGGGAAAAAGUUGCAUCAUUAUGGCCAUAAUUGUUUUGGGUACUAUGCUUAUUCUUUCUUUGUGAUAAAUAAAACUCUACAGAUGGCUAAAACAAAGACCGAAAACAGAAUUAAACAGCCUGGCUAUGUUGAAGGAGACUAAAUCUAAAGCAUUUAAAAACAGUUUAACAUGUGUACAUUCUUUACAUAGGACAUUUUGCAAUUUAGAUUUUUUUUUACAGUUUAUUUUUAUUUACUGCACAUUUUUGCUUAUCUAUCUGUCUGUCUGUCUGUCUGUCUGUCUGUCUGUCUGCCUGUCUAUCUGUGUUUAUGGUGGUGGGAAUAGUACUCCUGCUGCAGCAACCACAUUACCCGUCAGGGAUUAAUAAAGUAUUUCUAUUGUAUUCUAUUCCAAACGGAAGUGUAAAAACGUUGCUGUUUUACAGGGGUUUAUGUGGUAGACUGAUUUGGCUUGGAUGGUCACACUUUAGAGGUGCUAGUAGGUCAAUUUGGUUCACUUCGGAUAGCGCCAGACUAGCUAUUUCCCCCCCUUUCCAAGCUUUGCGCUAAGCUAAGCUAAGCUAAGCUAACCAGCUGCUGGCUCUUUCUUCACACAGACUUGAAAGCGGUAUCUUUAUUUACCAGCGUGUUAAACUAUUACUUCAAACUUUCUGAAGCUUAUCAAUGUGCACAGAUGUAUAACAUUACAGUACAAUAUAAUAACUUUAUUAAUCCCCAAAGGGAAAUUC